AGGUACUGCUAACAUUUUACGGGCAAAACGCCAACAUCCUAAGCCCCACAGUGACAGCCUUGCGCCUGCCCCACUCUUUCAGGCGACAACUUCCGAACCCAAGCGACGGGAUGGCGAGUCUCUCACAGAACGUCCAAUUGGCGAAGUCGCUUCCGCCUCGGCUUCUACGAUUCUUUGCCCGAUAUCCACCGGCCGUCAUUCAACCGGCAGAAGCGGCGAAGACUGCUUACCAGCUCGAGACCCCCAACCCCUUCCAGGUGACGAAACAUCCGGUAACGGGCAAGUGGCAUGACCCUGUCUACUCGCUGCGGAGACAGGCCGAUCUGGUGAAGCUGGCGCGGGAACACGGCGUUGAGGAAUUGCUACCAUACACAAACAAGGGCACAGAGGAACGGAUACGGACGAGGGUCGAGCAUGGCUUGAGAGUGAAGGGUACCGGUGUGGGAGAGCAAGUCAAGGGCCACAAGCACGAGAGACAGCUGAUUGCCAAGAUGGAGAAGAGGAGAAAGGCCAUUCUCGACAUGCCGAACCUUAUCAGAGAAUGGAAGAGGGUUGGCAAGCGCAAUUGGACCAGGUUCCCCAAAUAGUGCUCCACGAGGCAGUCCUGUUCUGUUAUUUCCAUCCCAUGUACAGCAUAGCAUGUAUUACCAAAUGUACACCAUCCCCAGGGCCAUAUCAGUACUCCUCCACAUCUCCAUCGAUUUUAUACACCUUUUAACCCUGUUGCCCUGGAGUGUCUCUUACCCCUGGUUCUUUCUCGCUAGGCUAAGUGUGCUUUUUCAUAUUGGCAGCAUGCUUGUCCGACGACAAACAAGACCUCUCUCUAAUGCCGCUAUAAGGAUCCAACUAACUACUGCAGGUGCGGCUUUGGAAUUGGAAGUUUCUUUACUUUGUUAUCCCAAGUGGACGGCCAAGCGGAUCCUCAACAGGCUCUGCUUUAUCUUCCUUCGCCGCCACGACGCCGUGCAAGGGGAUCUCUAACCUGGUAGUCUCCUGUUUUCUACCUUCGGCCUAGGUGCAGUGAGGGAAGCCGACCUCGGCUAAGACGCGGAAUCCAUG